AUGCCUUCAGCGAUGGAUAAUCAGAUGUCUUCACCCAAGUUUAUAACUUGUCCAGACUGCGGAGAAAGAUACGACAACGGGCAAAAACGAAGGCUUAUCGAUACUUGUGGACACCCGAGAUGUUAUUCUUGUCUGUUCGUGGACAAGCCUUGUCCUUUGUGCCAAAGUAAGUAUUGUGUGUAAACAGUUUGAAUCUAAACCGAGUUAAUGCUUUUGUGAAUAAACGGAAGAUGGAUUACUUUCAGUCAAGUUUAGUUUUCGAGACAAGUCCUCUUAAAAACCGCUAGACAUGGAGCCUUGGAGACUGUGGGCUGUACUUUGCUUUGUUUAAAGGUGUUAUGUGUUAUGUGCCAUGUAAUUGCUAUAGUAGUUUGUAGGUGAAAGUAAAAUAAGCUCAAACCUUUCGAUACACAUUUUUAUUACUGAAGCUGCCUCCACAGUUCACAUAGGUGGAAGUGAUAAGGUGCAGUCUGCAGCUAAAUCAAGGGGGAUAUUACUUCAGUUCUCGUGCGUGGAACUGACACACAUCACUAAAGCUGAUUCCAUAAAUAUACAUCGUUGACAAUGGUCUAUAAGACUUAGAUUUCAGAAUUAAGAAUUUUAAUACUUAAGCUUCCUACAAAAUCAACUUUACGUUUGUACAAAGAAACAUACAGUCACAAAAUGUGGACGAAACUCAAGAGACCAUUAAUGGUCCAUCCUUGGGAACAAACCAGUCUCAGAGAAAAUGUGAAUGAAAGGGCUAAAAGAUUUUGUCACAUGUUUCACAUUCCAGAUUUGUUAUUUCGUCGUUAGCAGGCUUUGAUAUUGUUUUGUCAAACUCUUCUGUGAUAAAACAUUGCCAGUAUGACGCGAGAAAUACAUGCUUAGUGUUUUGACGCUAAUUAAACGGAAUGUGGCUUUUCACAAACUUUACGUGACAUGUAGAGUUGAUAGUGUUAAGGUUCGCAGCGCAUAAAUUGUUCUGCAGCACAAGACCAAACCCAACAAUAAAGAGAAAAUGAGAGGAACCGCAAGAAAACACACUUGUAUCUAGACAUGAUAUACUCAAGCUAGCGGCCAAAAAGGCCGUGACCAAGUUUGAAGGAAAAAACCGAUGCUGGAGAUGUUCUGACCAAAAAUUUGGCAUCGCAAACAUGUAAUUCUGUGGUAGAAACAUAGUACCACUACGGUUAUUCCGGCUUUUUCUAAACAGUAGGAGACUAACUGAAUAUUUCGUCGUGAAGACGAGUGACUAACAAGCGGGUGCAUGCGUGAGCGAUAGUCUUUCAUUUAAAAACUUGAGUUCGUGUUGCAGAUUGGUAUAACUGUUUUAACCUUCCAAUUCGCUGAGAAAUUUAUCUUGAUUUAUUCAAUGUUUCCUUUAAACUCUCCGCUGUGCAAGGAAAUACUUAAUGCUGAACAAACAUUUCGAAACUUUUAGAAACUAAAGAAGUUUGUCACGCAAUAACUGAAUAUUAAUAGAAAAAAACUUUAACUUUUAGAAGUUUCUUAAAACUUCCGGCUAGUUACAGAGCUAUAUCUCACAUAUUUUAGAACUGUAAUACAGAAAAUACUUCCUAACCAGCAAUAUGAAGACACGCGCAAAUUGUAACCGCAGAGAUUUGUAAACAGAGCAUUCUGCUUCCUUAGUCAAACAAUUGUUAGAGACACAAGAAAAACAGUCUCAUGUGUACAGUAAGUAUCAACGCCUCAAAACAGUCCUCGAGCCAUGCUGUAAUAUCUGGAACAAAAAUCGCAAAUGUUAACAAAAUCGCGUAACUAUAUACUUGAAAACCAGCUUUCUUGGAAGAAGAUGUUUCCGUAAGGAAUUAUCUGUAACCGCGAAAUGAAAGAAAUGGGGGAAAAAUAAUAUAUGUUCCGCUGUGUACGAAACCGACGAAAUCGAGUGGUUAGUAUUUCUUACAAUUACUGUCGGUCAUUAUUAGUCAUGGCACUUUUUUAAAAUGGAAUUUAUAAAUACAAAUUACAAAGAUAGCAUCACGUUUCAACAAAAAAGCAAGAAUCAUCGCAGCAGGCGUUCUUUUGAAUAAGUGUUAAUCAGUUGUAGGCUCGUGCAGUUGAGCUGCUCGUGAUUUAGGAUCUCUACAAUAGUGCCGCCACCCGUGAAGGUUUAGCCCAGUGGUCGCUUGAUUGACUAUAAAGCUGCACUCAUUUCUUCGAGAAUACUACAAUUAUAACACCCACGAAAGACACGCGUUUAAAGAGGAUUAGGGAUUAGGUUAGUCCAACUCCCUGCUUGGAUUUCUUUGAAUUUGUUCGUGUGUUUCGUAACUCUACACGAACUAUGAUCAAUGUGUAACUCACUCCCUUCCUUUGUCUUCCGUUUUCUCGGGUUUAAUUUUUACAGCUGGGUUUCUCUACUUUGGAGCAAGACUCAUAUGUGGGUGGAAUAACUUCUGCUAGCAAUCUAUUGAAGGUUAUACAGCUUAUGCUAACGUGGGAACAACUGACUACAACAUGCUUAAGACAACACUGAAAAAAGUAGCCUCUUAUCCUAAAGAGAGUAUAUUACUCAGCAUUUUUGUAUAGUCUUUUCUAUCGACUGAACACAGUCUCGAUUAAUAACCUCUUAGCGCGGUCUAAGCUAUGCCCUAUUAAAAAGUUAACUGCACAACAGCACCAAAUCAAAACGCAUAGUUUUGCAGCUAUUUGUUCAUAGGCAGUGGUGUCAUGAGACUCUUGCAGGCCAGUUAGCUAGUAGAUUUUUUCGGUCUGACAAGGCCUUAUACCUGAGUACUCUGUCAUGAGAACACAGUCCGCAGAAAAGAAAAGACAAUAUUUAAGUUAUGUGUUUUUUGCUUUGUUUUGUUUUGCUUUUUGACUCUUUCUAUGCGGUGAUCACUUUUCAGGCAAUGAAGGAAACAACAAAAGUUCCAUUAAUCCGGUCGCUAAAACUGUUCCGCAGUUCUCUCUUAUGCUACUUGUUUUUACUUUUUUUAUUUACCAAUUUUAUUUUUAGGAGCAUUCUCAGCAUUUUCUUUAGCAUUCCUGGAAUGUUUUUUCAUUUACAUUUUGGAUAUCUCCUCUUUAUUUUUUCAUAAAACAAUGCCUAAUGGCCUCUUUCAAGCUAUAGCUUUUUUGUCUCAAGAUUCUCCAAAGUAAACUAAGUGAAAGUUAAUGCUUUACCUUGAAUAUUAGCAAACAUGGGAAAACGCAAGUAAUGCGCUCGUUUUAGAUCAAGAAUAAUACGACAUGCAUGCAACAUCUAACGCUUUUUUUCUUAUGACUGAUUAAUGUUGUUUUUCUCUUUUAAAAACAGAGAUUCCACAAGACCCCAGAUCUCGUUCCGGUUCUUUGCGAAAUGACAUCUCUGGUGGUUCGGAUGAAUCUCUCAACAAUUUGGGAAAUACACUGACAUCCGGGGCCCUGUCGAAAGACCAAACUUCUCUCUCGCACCCAGACCUCAGCGAGAUUCAAAAGACCCGAGCGCUGACCUUACCUGCUCGUGGAUUCAGAACAGGUAAUUAAAGCUCAUAUCCGGCUAUUGGGCAAGCGGUCGACCCCCACAAAGUUACUAGAACUCGCUCGCAAGCUAGUGGCCGACCCCACUAAGUUACUAGAACUCGCUCACAAACUAUGAACAGUGAUGAAGAAACAUCCCUGUAGAUAUUAUCGGUUAUUGCAUCAAAACAUGGAUUGAGUGACGUGUUAUUAUAAAGGCUUUGUAUCCCUCCAUUAAAAAUAUAUACUACACCCUCAAUUUCAUAACGUCCGUGAGUAUAGAUUAUCACCUUAAACACUUGAGGUAGGUACAAAGGCUUUAUGAGAGGAAACCCACAAGCAAACAAUCCACCUCGCAAAGAACUUUCGGCUUAAAUCUGCUUUAUUGAUACGAAAAAAGGUGGCUCUUUCGUUUGUACAUUUAGAGUUCUAAAAAAUACAAUUGAGAAAUUCCCUUCUCAGUUCCUAUUUUUUUGUUUAAAAUUAGUUUGGCCCUGGUAGAGACUGAGUUGUAGUGACAUGGUAAACUAUCACUGCGCUGUUUGCACUGAUUAAAAGGCGGUAAAACUCUACUUCAAAGCAUAAAGACUGAACAAUAACAAGACAAAAAAUAGUAACAAAGGCUAUUCUUAUCUGAACAAAAAGCGGUUUUCUACAGUCGUUUUAUUAAACUGACCUGUUAACUCAUUUUUAAUGGCAUGUUUUGCCAAGAAAGAGUUUGAAUUCUUUGGAAAACCUCUCAUACUUUCGCCUUAUGCUUAUAGUUUAGGAGGAUGUGAUUGAUAGAUUCGACAAUGAUCCCAAACAAAUCACAGUCUAAAAUAAACACAGAAUAUUUUUCCUGUCCUAUCUACUGUGAUAAGCCCGCAGGCAAUAUCAGAAUUCUGAAAUAUUAGAAAAUAUUUUCACUGCAAACACAACAAAACAGCAACAGACAAUAGUUUUGCAAUUCUGUGAUAAAAGAACUAAGACUUUUUCCUUCCUUAAUGUUAGGAAUGUAAACGAAACGAGGCGUUUUGAUUACUUUAAGAAAAAGUUUGGCAUAAUUAGAGUUAAUUUGUUUAAUGAAGUCAAAAGCUGAUUUCAAUAUCUGUUGUUCGUAUCGAGGUUAGCUAUUACAGCAUUGGUCCAUUACAACUGCCGGUAGUCUCUAAAUAGAUCGCUUCACACUUCGGACAACCCGCUGAGUUCCCGCGGAAAGUCUGAGACCUACGCUGCCAAUGACGAUUAAUAUCCGAGAGAUUUACACUUGAACGCAAAAGUUCUAAAUCCGCGCUGGAUUUGGAGACGUGACCCGCUUCAUUAAUCAUUUGCCGUUUACUUCUUUCAUCGCCAAGUUGUUCUCAGUUCUCGUUGUUUGGAAAAAGGACUGUCUUGGCUUAGAAUCACAUGCGUAUUUGCUGUGGUUACUAUGAAUCUGAGAACCUUAUGAAUUGGGGUCAAUUAUUCUAACAAAAGAGUAUUGUGAACGCUUAUUCGUGUAAAAGGAGCAUUGAAUUCGCAGUCAUGUUGAAGUUUAAGCGAGUUAAACCAAAGUUUCCAGAUCCGAGCAGCAAUUUGAGCAACAAACCUCCUCUGAUUGCAGCAAGACUAAUUCAAGGUUAUUCCUCUUUGAUUUCUCAGAUUUCUAUAGUGUGACUGAGUUGAAGGGACUCUGUUAUUGAGUUAUUGUGAAUGUAUUGGAAUGCUCUCUCUUAUAUUGAAGUCGCUGAUGUUGCUGUGUUAUUUUUCUUACAGAUAACUAUUUCAGAUCUCUGUACCGUUACGACCCUCAUGCCAAUGGUGAGUUUUUGUUAUGUUGUAGUUGCUUUUUAUGAUUAUGACGGAAAAUAUGUUGCCCUUCGCUACUCUGACCUAGAUCGUUCGGUUCCGCAAAUAUCACUUUCAAGAGUGUUACGCAGUGGUAGGUCCUGAAAAAAGGAUGAUUCAUUAUGAUAAUUCCUUUCAAUUCAGUAGAGAAAUUCGAAAAAGGUUUCUCAUAUAAAUCAAGUGAUAAAUUAAAGACGCCACAUGGUCACGUUAACUGGGUUUUGUCCGAAUAGAGACCAAUUUACACGGUUGCAGGAUGAUCACAGGCGAUGUGCUUUACGAUCACAAGCAAACAACACCAAUCGUAUCAUAAAACUUUCCUCUGGCUAACCCUUGUCGCAGAUUUGAUUUAAUCUAUACAAUUCGAGUAGAUUUUAGGCACUUUGCAUACGACAAAUUUCCACCCUGUAAUCGGCCAGAAGUCGGCGGCAUUGAGGGUCAAUCUGGGCGCACAAAUGCCAGAUUUUAGACAAGGGAAAAUUUAUGCGUGACCAACUGCUGUAAAACGAAAAGGCAAGCCUACGAAGCUUUAACGUCGUAGUUCACAUUUUGUCCAUAUCAGAUUAUUCCUAAUGCAGUCAAACCUUCAUGGUUUAACUCCCUUGUUGGUAGUGUACUUUAAAAUAUUUCGUAAAAGCCCGUGUAGGUGAAAUAUUAAAACAAAAUUGUAGUCUGACUACGUAUUCAAAAUCUGUUAUGAUCUCAUCUCUCGCUUCCUGUCGGUCACGAUUUACUUAUUUGACUCAUGAUCAUUCACCAGCUAUUUACUAUGUACACGGUAGUCACAUCACAAGUACAUUGUGGGAACUGGGAAGACAGACACAGAGAACAAACUUCAAGAAUUCAAAAGUGGCUCAUCCCUUUCAAGAGGACGAAAUUAUUUUUUAGACUUUUUGCAUCAUCAUCCCUUUCAAGAGGACGAAAUUAUUUUGUAGAGUGUUUGCAUCAUCAUUACUCAAUGGUUAAUCACAAAAAGACAAAUACUAGUCUGAUGUUAAUCUUGAGCAGUUCCCAGUAAAUAUCGAACGCGCUAUUUUCGUAUGGAAUCCGCUACUGCCCAGUUAAACUUAGUACAUUACAAUGAACAAAAAAAUGACUGAUUUUAUUUGUGGCUACUCAAUAGUUAAACAAUGGUGAAGGUCUAAUACAACUUUCUUGUAUCACCAGACACAGCAGACGAAAGAGACUCGAAGGACAAACCAAGAAGAGUGCUCAACUAUCAUAAAUCUCUUGAAAACCUCUCUGAUGAGUUUUGGAGAAGCGUAGAAAGAGCAGCCAGUCCCCUUGGCCGCGGAAGAAGUAAGUUUCGUGACUCUUGCAGACUUUCGGUUACUCCCUGAUGACUGUAUUAAUUUGCUACAACCAUAUCCGGAUGUGGGCAAAAUAUUUCAGGCAACAAUACCGUGCAUGAUUAUUAAACGUUAUCGACGUUUGGCGUCUUUACGUAAUGAUAAACUUGCAUCGCAUGUAAUGGAAAGUGUUUGCUAAUGGUAUUUAGCAAUUGAUUAAAGCUGUAAAUAAUUACUUCUUUUUGUCGCAAUGAACCAACGUUCCCGAAAGCGCGUCAUUCUCUUGAAGUGAAUGGCCCAUGACGCAAUUAACGUAAACAAACACGAGUUAAAGAGCAUCGACCAAUCAGCGACUGCUGUUAUGCCAGACUCGGCAGAUAAACCUCAUUGUUUACACUGAUGAAUUGAAAUUUGUAGUUGCUUUAUUAUUUUGGAGUUAAUUUGCUGUAUUAGUAUUAUCCGGCGCACUGAAAGAUCAGGCAAAUUUAAAGUAGUCUUAUGUACUCAGGCUACAUUUCUCUCAUGAGAAUGAAAAGUUAGUGUUGACUUUGGGUAAGGGGAGGAGGUAACUGGGCAAUUUCCUAGAAUAUUAUACUGAUAUGGAAUUUCUAUUAAUGGUAUCAAAUUCUAAAUAAAUAUUUUUAUAUAAAAACGCAAGCGAAAAACGUCAACAUUGACGGAAGGAAAUAGGUAGUAGAUUUAAAUGUGUACUGCACCGUAGAUGAGGUAAACAGUUAGUGGAGGGUUUUUUCCAAGUGUUUACAAUGAGCACGAUGAUUGGACAGGCACAAAUGUUGGGAUAUAAGUAGCAAGAAGCACUUUGCGACACCUGAAACGUGAAGGAGGCAGUAAAAUGUUACCGUUUGAUGGUUCAUUUUAAGUCAGUACUAUUGGGUUAUGAUCUCAUCACGAGGCCAAACAUCGUGGAAUAUUAUGCACACAUUACCCAGUUCGUGCCUACUUAAAACGAAACCGGCAAUAUCGUGACGUGCCAAAGAAAUGCAAUAUCUGACUUGAACAGAGAAGUCACGUUCACCUGCAGUUGCUCUGAUCAGAUACUCAUUGUACUGUUAGGAUCCUUACCGUGUGUCAAAGACGUAACGUUGUGCCGUUGUGCAUAAUUUCAGUGUAGUCAGUAUAGAAGAGGAGGAACUUUGCAGCCAUUUAUAGCACUCCCAACAAGUCAUUAAUAGUUUUUGUUACUAUCUCAUGGCCUUCUAAUUUCUGAGAAUUCAACUAGUUUUUUUAGUUCAUAAUGUUUAUUCAUCUCUUGAUCCACAGUUUCUCCAACAAGAUCGGAAGAUUCUCCACCUUCAUCCACUCUGUCUUCCACAGAUGACGUCUCAUCCGGAAAGAACAGACUAAGCGUUCCAGUCCAAACGCGGCCACGUGCAGCAACAGAGUCACUACGGGCCGAAGCCUUGCGCAAGUUAGAAAUCGCCGAGGGAAGACCACGAGCAAAUUCCGAAUUCAUCUUCUCAAGAAAGUUUCUUGAAGGAGGACUCAACGAAAGGCAUGAAGUGUAUAAUGAAAGGGGAAAUUUUACAUUACCGAGGAAUUUCCACAUGCCAGAGUCUGGUGAUCGAGGCCGAGCAGCUUCCGACAGGUCAUCGGAUAUUUCUCAACCGUUUUCCGAUUCGUGUUCAGAAAGUUCCGGAGAUUCCGAUCACUUAAGUAUUGGUAAUCCUCACAGUCCAACUUAUCGAGGCAUAACCAAGCGAGCUUCAUACGACGAGAAUCAAAAUGAACGAUUAAAGAUUGCUGAAGAGCGACUAUACACUGGACUCAUGCGGAGCGAGGAAGGAAGGAAAACUACCAAAAGCCCAGUGGAGAAUGUCAUAACCUGGGUCAUUGAGCCGCCUAAAAAAGAAGAAAGUCAUUUUAAUAAAGUUCAACAAAAGCACACCAAUAGUAAGAGACCAAAUCCACCUCAACGAGGAGACAGCAGCCGAAGAGUAAGCAUAGAAAGAGCAUACGGGAAAUCAACUGCUCUUUGAUAAGACUGUUUAAAAUGGAAUAACGGAAGGUGAAAAGUCGAACUUCCCUCCGGGAAGAAACUUAUUUGAGGCAAAUGUCUCGAGUUUCCACUGAAGCUACGCUAUGUUAUAUUAAUAUAGUGAGUACAGUAACACAAAGCGCUCUCUGGCCCGUUGUUGACCGGCGGCCUAAGCAGGACUUAACAGAGAGUGCAACAAGACAGUUAUAUAGCUGAUAUAUGUUCCCUGCAAAAAUCUCAGUGAACUCAAAAAGGUGAUGUCUUUGCUCAUCAUGGUCCUUAGUCUCUUGCACUGUUCAGGUCACUUCGAAAAUCAGUUGUAGUCAAGUAUGAUCCGAUUUAAUUGCGUCUUUAAAAACUUCCCCUUCUUUGGACUAAGUUAAAAAAAUAACGAUAACUUCAGUAAUAAGUUUAAAGUGCUAAUAAAUAGUGUAAAUAAGCUUUUAAGGGUUUUGUUUCCAUAUGAACGAUAUGCACAAAGAGCAUAGACUACGAACAGUCUCUAGUUUUUCUUAGUCCGUCGAGCGAAGCGCCCAAGACACGCAAAUGACCACGCGCGUGACUGAAGGCGCGAGACGAGAUAGGCUACCACCCUCGUUUCUCUCGUCUCCUCGAUGCUCGCGCGCGCGUGCACUCUGCUCGCCGUCUACAAAGAGCAUUGAUCUUGUUUUCUUUUUAAGGCACUAAAAGAUACUGCUCACUAGCUUUCACCUCGUUCAGCAAUUGACAGUACAAAGAAAACUUAAGACUAUAAGAAAACUAAUUUACGUCUGUACUGUAACAAGUUAAGGCUUGGCAUAGCAAGAAUUGCAAGAGCUGAACCUUAGCCCAACUUUUGACUAAGAAUUUUUAAUAUCUUGCAUUAGUAAAUUUGCGAUUUUAUAAAUUAUUUACUAUGGAUACUUUAAUAGAUUGUAUAUUGAAAAUGAAUUGAUCUAACAGACACACUGAUUUUGCUGCCGACGACAAAGAUAAAUAUUAUCGAGGUUUUGAUUUUAUUUUGUUAAAAAAAAACAUGAAGAAAAUGUUGGAAGAAAUAUAAUGCCAUCUUCUUUGGUAGUAAAUCUUUGUCCGAUGUUCUUACUCCCCUAAGUACUGGCGCUCGGCCGUCCCUACAUCCAGUCUAGAGGAAUGUUGUCUUAUCUAGCGUCAGUGUCGACCUGAACGCUCAAAGCCCUCACCGGUUUGUGGUGCAUAGUAGCCUCCUUGUUGGACUAUAACGUAAGGGUGACCGACUCUGAUCCGCGCUAAAAAUCAUCAUCCCUGAUGCACCGAGAAUCAGAGAAAAGAGAUUGAAAUGGCUAUCUUCUGUCAUCAAUUUUUUCUACCCUGCCUACACAAUCAACUGUUUUCAGUUUAGGCAAGAAAAAUAACCGGUACAAAGUAAUAAGAAACCUUGAUUAGCUCUGCAUUUGUUUAAGCAACUCUCUCGGGCGAGAAUAACCAAUUUGGUGGCCAAGAUUUGAAAAAGGGUGGCACAGAGACCAGGAAAAGACUAAGUAUAUAAACACGCGCGCUCGAUUCAUUCCUUAAGCGAAUUAGGGAGAAGCCUUUUUUAUGCUUUUGUCAACGACGAUGACAUUUCCCUAAGUGCCACUCUAAGAAGAAAUCAUUAAAGACUGUUAAAGUUAACUGAAAGAAGGUCAUGAAUAAAGUCGCUUUUAUCGGCUUGAAAUUGUUUCCUUUCAUAGUUUAGCUGCUUUCAUAAAACUGGCCGAGAUUUUGUAGUUUAG